UCCAGCAACUCGACUGCACGGACUAGCGGCACACUGUUGCUUUUUUGUGUCGUGUUUUCUCUGAAUACAUUUUAAUAAACGUCUAUUAUUAGCGCGGAGUGACAGUGGAAUUUAAUACACAAUGUCGAAGCUUCUUUAAAGCUGCCAAAGGAGAGAAAUGACAUGUCAGCGGGGGAACUUACGGCUGAGAUUUCUGAGGGGAUUGAAGUAUACCGUAACGUCCGUACUGCUCUAAAAGAAACGGGGUGAGCUGGUGGAGCCAACUGAAGUUUACUACUUCGAUAACAAAGGGACAUCAGUUUUACUUUUUGAAGCUUUUAUUCGACGCCACACCACAGUUAAAGACUCAGUGGGGAUUUAUAAUGCAAGACGAGCGCACUUGGUGUUUCUGCAUUGUAAAAGGAUAUGGAGCGCAGAGAGGCGCCGUCUGAAUAGCAUUGGUCGAGACUGUCUUCUGUCGACCACCCACACCACGUCUAAUCAAGCCAACUAAAUGUAAAGGAUCCCUCGGUUUCAAGCUAUCAUGGAUAUCUUUCCCCGACCGAGCUGCGAAAUUCAGAGGAGGAACCCCCAGAAUGACUUUGAGCUCAUUCAGAGGGUGGGAAGUGGAACAUAUGGAGAAGUGUACAAGGCUCGAAAUAUUCAAACAGGAGAACUUGCUGCUGUCAAGAUCAUAAAGUUGGAGCCAGGAGAUGAUUUUUCCAUCAUUCAGCAGGAAAUCUUCAUGGUGAAGGAAUGCAAGCACCACAACAUUGUGGCCUACUUUGGAAGCUACCUCUGUCGAGAAAAACUUUGGAUAUGUAUGGAAUACUGUGGUGGAGGAUCUCUGCAGGAUAUUUACCAUGUAACAGGACCUCUGUCAGAACCUCAGAUUGCAUACGUCUGCAGAGAGACCUUACAGGGUUUGGGAUAUCUGCACAUCAAGGGCAAGAUGCAUCGUGAUAUCAAGGGUGCGAACAUACUCCUAACAGACAAUGGAGAUGUGAAGUUGGCUGACUUUGGAGUUGCGGCCAAAAUAACAGCUACCAUUGCAAAAAGAAAGUCCUUCAUUGGAACACCUUAUUGGAUGGCUCCAGAGGUUGCAGCAGUAGAGAAGAACGGAGGCUACAACCAGCUGUGCGACAUCUGGGCUGUUGGCAUCACAUCCAUUGAGCUGGCUGAGCUUCAGCCUCCAAUGUUUGACCUACAUCCAAUGAGGGCCUUGUUUCUGAUGUCCAAGAGUAGUUUCCAGCCUCCUAAACUAAAAGACAAAAACAAAUGGUCUGCUGCUUUCCAUAACUUCGUUAAAGUGUCUCUCACAAAGAACCCAAAGAAGCGGCCCACUGCAGAGAAACUCCUACUGCAUGUAUUUGUGGCUCAGACUGGGUUAACAAGGAGGCUUGCAGUUGAUCUCCUUGAUAAGAUGAACAACCCAGACAACCACCAAAAUUACGGUGAAGUGGACGAUGAUGACCUUGAGCCUCUCUCUGUAGUCCGACACACCAUCCGUUCCAUCAACAAACACCCCAAAGUUGAGAGGACUCGCUCAGAGAUCGACUCAAACAAUGGAACAGGCCUCAAACGUCCAAUCUCAAGUCCUAGUGACUCUGAGGGACACAGGGGGGAUGCAGUUGACAAGGUCCAGUUUCAGGCGCCUCUGCUCCCAAAAGCAACUGAAGCCCAUUCUGAAAUGGAUGUGAAUAAAGAUAAUGACUUUCCUUCCCAAUGGAGCCCUUUUGCAGAUGGAGGAAUAAAAACCAGGAGCCUUCUCAAAAGCGUUGAGGAUGAAUUGUUCCAACGUGGACACAUCACCAGUCUAGAAGAUGCCUUUGAAGAUGUCGAGCUGUCAACACUUAAACCAGGUGCACGUCCCCCUCUGCCCCCAAAGCCACAAGUUAACAACCCAUCAGAGGAGCUUGCACUGAACGAUGAGAAGUCGCUGACCGUUCGUAGGUUCCCAAACUCAGAAAAUGGACCAAGCCAGGCUGUUCGCAGACAGAGCACGCCUGAACAGGGCAACAAGGUGGAGCAUUCGUCAUCUGACAUCCUGUCAGCUAGUGUCAGCAGCCCUGGCUUCUUAUCUCAUGCUUCUGAUCCUGCUCCAAUUAAAUGUGACCUUAAAGAUUACGAUUCAGAUGGAAGUGUGAAUGAAGGCAGUCUUACAGCAACACCACAGCACCGGAAGGAGAAAAAGGACUUCCCUAAACCUGCAAUAAAUGGCCUGCCACCCACUCCUAAAGUACUGAUGGGAGCCUGUUUCUCUAAAGUGUUUGAAGGCUGUCCGUUGAAAAUCAACUGCGCCACAUCGUGGAUUCAUCCAGACACCAAAGAUCAGUACCUAAUCUUUGGAACAGAGGAUGGCAUCUAUACACUAAAUCUUAAUGAGCUGCACGAGGCAACAAUGGAGCAGCUUUUCCCACGGAAGUGUAUGUGGCUGUAUGUUAUCAACAACAACCUGAUGUCUUUGUCUGAAGGAAGAUCUUUCCAGCUGUACUCCCACAAUCUGAUUGGGCUGUUUGAGCAGCUGAAGAAGCCUGGCCUUGCAGCCCAGUUUCAGACGCACCGCUUCCCAGAUAAAAUUUUGCCGAGGCGCUUUGCGCUGACAACCAAGAUCCCUGACACAAAAGGUUGUCACAAAUGCUGCAUUGUGAGAAACCCAUAUACAGGCCACAAGUACUUGUGUGGGGCUCUUCAGUCUGGUAUUGUCCUUUUGCAGUGGUAUGAACCCAUGCAAAGGUUUAUGCUCAUCAAGCACUUUGACUUCCCUCUUCCCAGCCCGCUCAAGGUGUUUGAAAUGCUGGUGGUCCCAGAACAAGAGUAUCCUCUGGUGUGUGUCGCCAUCAGCGAGGGCACAGAGCAUGGCCAGGUGGUCUGCUUUGAGACGAUCAACCUCAACUCUUGUUCCUCCUGGUUCACAGAGAUUGGAACAAAAAAUCACCAAGUGGAUGCAAUCCAUGUCACACAGCUGGAAAGAGACACGGUGUUGGUGUGUUUAGACCAAAACGUAAAGAUCGUUAAUCUUCAGGGCAGACUGAAGUCCAACAAGAAGCUGGCGUCCGAGCUCAGCUUUGACUUCUGCAUCGGUGCUGUCGUGUGCCUUCAGGACAGUGUCCUGGCCUUCUGGAAGCAUGGCAUGCAGGGAAAAAGCUUCAAGUCCAAUGAGGUGACUCAGGAGAUUUCUGAUCUGAGCAGAGUCUUCCGCCUCCUGGGAUCUGACAGGGUAGUGGUUUUGGAGAGCCGACCAACCGACAACUCAACGGCUUUGAGCAACCUUUACAUUUUAGCCGGCCAUGAGAACAGUUACUAAUCCUCAACGGGACAAUGGGUUAUUCUUAGAAAAAUGAACAAGAUUCCACAGUUUUGGGAGAUUUGGACCUAUGUCUGACCUUUUUGUAAAGCGAAGGGAUUGUUGGGAGUUUUUAUUGGUGACAAACUGAUCCGCUGGUCAGUAAAAGAGGAGCUUGUUCAGUGUGGAUUCAUGAGUAGCCUUACACCAGCAGGAUGUUCGCUGUAGCACAUCUCAACACAAGUAACGGGGAAACUGGUUCGAGCUGGAAGUGGAGAAACAAAUGAAGCUCAUAUGAACUUUUUUACAGUACCUAACAGUUUUCUCACUUUUCUGUACUGUGAACAAACUAGAGGUAUUAUUGACAAAAGUGCCAUUAAAAUUCACACAUAUUGUGAUUGUAUUAGAAACAGUGGGAGAUCAAAGCGUUUUUGUUGUUAACAGGUCACACAUAAUCAUUGCUAGUGACUGAUACCAGAAGGCUCGGGAGGAGAUUUUUACAAACUUUGUAGUCAAAGCUAAUAGAUCAGUUUAAGAAGAAACCCUUGAGCCUUGUGGGUUAUUUAAGCAAUAUUUAUUAACCUCGUCUUCAUUCAUUGGGAAUGCUGGGUUUCUAGACUGUCAAAGAGUUCCUGAUGAGCUGUGGGUUCAUUUUGCUCAUGUGUAAUAUAGUUACAUCUGCUCUGCUGCAUUUUUAGAACUUGGAGAAAAUGUACCUUUUUUUUUUUUUCUUCACUCUUUUCUUUUAUAGACAUUUUACUUCUCUUGCACCAUUUAAGCACUUUUGUAAAUUUUUUUUAUUUAAAAUAAAACAACAAACUGAGGGACAGUGCUAGGUUUUAUUAACAUCUCUGCAUUGCCUACGCAAAAUGUUUAAUAUGUACUUUUUUGUAAUAAAAAAAGCUUUUAACAUGAUAA